UUUGACUUCGCUAUUGUGUCGCAAAGGGGCAUUAAUGGCGAGCGCCUGAUGGGUUGGAGGGAGAAUGACAAAAGAGCAAUGGCGUGUGUCGUAAUCUUGUCUUCAGAUAGUUUGUUUAUGUGCUGUAUCACAGAGAUGAAAGGCGAUAAAAUAGACACACCUGUAAUCCAGACAGAGUUCUUUCCCAGUGUUGUGUCCUUAAUCAAAAAAAUCUGCUGGUUACAUGGGACCACACAGCUGUAAGAACUGCCUGCGUGGCCGUAUUAUGGCUGAUACAAACAAAAGCAAAUUUGUAGAAAAUGGAGUAUCUAAUGAUGUAACACAGAAUGGAUUUGGGGAUAUUGAUGGAAUACCUUCUAUGCCGUGGUUUGGGAUGGACAUUGGUGGGACACUUUCAAAGUUAGUAUAUUUUGAGCCAAAGGAUAUCACACCUGAUGAAGCUGAUGCAGAAGUUGAAGCAUUAAAGAAUAUCCGAAGAUAUCUCACUAAGAAUUCUGCUUAUGGGAAGACUGGGCACAGAGAUACCCAUUUGCAAAUGGAUAAUGUUAUCAUCAGGAGGAGGAAAGGAACCUUACAUUUCAUCAGAUUUCCAACCAGUGAAAUGGGCAAUUUCCUUGCCCUAGCAAAGGCAAAAGGCAUGGCAACCUUAGUUACAACAGUUUGCGCCACUGGUGGUGGUGCAUACAAAUUUGAAAAUAAUUUCCAUCAGGAGCUGAACAUGAAACUGGCAAAAUUUGAUGAGUUGGAUUCACUUAUUAAAGGCAUGCUUUACAUAGAAGCAAAUAAUCCUAAUGAAUGUUACUAUUGGGCAAACCCAACUGAUGAUGAAAAAUGUCAGAAACGCUUAUUUGAUUUCAGUGAUCCAUAUCCAUUCAUGAUAGUAAAUAUUGGAUCUGGAGUGAGUGUUCUGGCAGUUUAUGGGCCAGAUAAUUACAAGAGAGUAUCAGGAACAAGCUUAGGUGGUGGUACAUUCCUGGGACUUUGCUGCUUACUGACAGGCUGUAAUUCUUUUGAGGAAGCCAUUGAACUUGCAACUGGUGGAGACAACACACAAGUGGAUAAACUUGUGAGAGAUAUUUAUGGUGGAGAUUAUGACAGGUUUGGACUCCCUGGAGACCUUGUUGCUAGCAGUUUCGGUCAUAUGAACUCCAAAGAGAGGCGUGCUAAUGUGUCCAAACAGGAUCUAGCUCGAGCUACUCUGGUAACAAUAACAAAUAACAUUGGCUCCAUUGCUCGUAUGUGUGCAGUUAAUGAGAAGAUAGAUAAGGUAGUCUUUGUUGGCAAUUUCUUGAGGGUAAACCCUAUAUCUAUGAAAUUGCUAGCACAUGCUAUGGAUUACUGGUCAAAUGGGACUCUAAAAGCACUCUUUCUGGAGCAUGAGGGUUAUUUUGGUGCUGUUGGCUGCCUUCUGCAAUUUGACAACAAGAUCAGCUGAACAUUGUUUUCUGCUAGGCUAAAAGAAGCACAAGCAUUCCUGUGAUGUAUGGAGACUACACUCCCCCUAAAAUAUUCCAGAAACUUAGUCUUAAGUUAUAUAAAAUAUAUGUAAAUACCUGAUAUUAUAAUUGCCCGAGUGAUAUGGAGAAACUUGUUAUUCUCCUUUACUGCCAGAGUAUUGCAGCUUUGUAUAAUUAUUGCACAUACAAAAUGAACCACGCACUAUAUUUUUUCAGUGCUAAUGUACAUUCGAUAGUUAAAAAUUGGGGUUUUGUAGAACUAUAUUACCAAUACAAUAAUAACUGUCUUGUUUAUAGUUUUCAUUGCAGUUUAUUCUCAUUUCUGUAACAGUGUCCAGAGCACAUAACAAAAGCAUUUUCUGCAUUAUGAUUGUAGUUUUGUAUACCUUAUAAUACUGUACAAUGUCAGUGGAAUCCAUUGUUCGCAUAAUUGAACUCCUUAACUUCUCAUUUUGAGAAUAGAAACACCAGUUGUUGAUGGAAGUUACUACAAAUGAUAAGCAGUAUUUAUUUUAUCUAUGUGACUGUUAUUCAGUGAAUGCCACAUUAUUUUUAUGGGAGUUAGGGUAUUUAAAAUAUAUAUAUAUAUUGUGGUGAUACCAUAUUUCGAAAUAUUGUUGCUUUCAUGUAAUGACGCCGGUUCAUAUUGUUAUUGUACAGUAAUAGUGUUUUUACUUAGUGUGUUAUAAAUAUCUUGUACAACCUCCAACAUAAUUUCUCCGUUGUUUUUAUUCAAAGCCUCUUUUUUAAAAUUUUGAGACUUCGAAUGUGUACGUUGUAAAUGUCUGUUAAACUUUGUCCUAUUUAUUGAUUGUUUAUGGGAGAUGUAUUCAGCAUCAAAGUAUGCGUUAGAGUGUAACCCAAUAUAUUUGUAAAUAUUAUAUGGAAUAUGAAUGGUUUUGUUUAUAUUUUUAUGUAAAGUUUUGUAUAAAUCUUUUAUUGUUGAAAUAUAAUUUAUUGUUAUUUAAAA